AUGCCCCGUAAGGCUGCGCCCUCAUCCGACGCCUCCACUGAGCCGCGCCGUUCCACCCGGAUUAAAGAGCAGCCUAAGCCAGAGUCAAUCGUAAAGAAAGUUCCCGCUAAACCGCGGGGCAAGAAGGCUAAGACUGCGGAGGAGGCUGAAGUUCUCCAGGAUGUUGAGGACAAGCCGAAGUCGACAAGAGGAAAGAAGCGAACUGCUUCUGAUGUAGAGGCCGAAGAGGGUGUUGUGGCUAAUGGUAAUACUGCGGAAGAGCCACCGGCAAAACGAGUUAAGCCGGCAUCUAAAAUUGCAUCCAAACCGACAUCAAAGGUUACAUCUAAGCCUCCUUCUAAGGCUGCGGGUACUUCUAGCAAGCCUGCUUCCAAAGUGGCAGGAACCUCUAGCAAGCCUACUUCAAAGAUGGCGGGUACUUCCAGCAAACCGGCCUCCAAGAUAUCCCGUGCUGGCUCAGUGAAGCCCGCUUCGCGUACAUCUGCCAAACCACCUUCAACGACUGGUGCAAAGAAGCCUGCGUCUCGAGCGAGCUCCCGAAAGCCAGUCUCAAAGAUUGGUAACGACGAUAAGGAGAAUAUUGCGGGACCCUCGGCAGUCCAAGAGACCAUUCCAGAGGAGUCCGAAGCUGAGGAGACAGCAGAGGACGAAGCAGCUCCACCGCAGGUUGAGGCGGCGGCCUGA